AUUUACAAGCAAGAGUAAUGAAAUAGGCAGAGGGCGAUUUUCCGCAGCGUGUUGGUCCGACCCCAAGGGCUAGCGCAGAGACGGCGCAGCGAAAAACUUUCAGCCAUGGAUAUUUCAAUGCACCUAAUUUUCUUUUGAUGCCGUUCUGUUUGCUUUGGACCAUAUCACUUUGUCGCAGUUCAUAUAAGUGAUUUAUAGGCUUGCCCCGAGAAAAUGUCACCUUUGCAGAUUCCAUUACUCAACAGCAUCUAUUUUUCCUAAACUUCAGUCGGGCUACAGAAGAGUGGGGGAACUUCUGUUGUUUUUUCGUCACCAAGCCUACAACACGAAGGUCCUUCCUGGUUUGCUCUGUGCUCUUCCUCCUCAGGGAGUUUGUGGCCAGAGGUGCUGCAGCUGGAGCCACCCUGCACUGCUGGAGCUUCCAGGAAUGACGGGGCCAACCCAUCGCAGCCGGCCCCCUCGCAGCACCUGACCUGACUCACCUGACCCAUCAUGGAGCUCAAGGUCUGGGUCGAUGGGGUCCAGAGGGUUGUUUGUGGGGUCACAGAGGCAACCACCUGCCAGGAAGUGGUCAUCGCUCUUGCUCAAGCCAUAGGCCGAACUGGGCGCUAUACACUGGUGGAGAAAUGGCGGGACACAGAGCGCCACCUGGCCCCCCACGAGAGCCCAGUGGCAUCCCUCAACACCUGGGGCCAGUAUGCCGGUGACGUCCAGCUGAUCCUGCAUCGCACGGGCCCCUCCCUGACCGAACGGCCCCCCUCCGAGGGUCCCUUGCUCCGGGGUCCGGAACGCGGCCCACACCGGCAGAGCCUCCCCCCGCUCGCCAAGCUCCGCCAUCCCAGUGAGCACGCCCUCCAUCGCCGCGAGCCGCGCCGCAAGUCCCUCACCUUCACCGGCGGGCCCCGGGGCCUCCGGGACAUCCUGAGUGGAGGCCGGGUGGGGGAGGGGAGGGAGUUCGAGGCCAAACGACGUCUCCUAUUCCAGGGGAAUGGUGGUAACCAGAACCACCACCACCAUGCAGCAGCGGCAGCCACAGCGGUAGCCCCAGGAGGAGCAGUGUCCCCUGGCAUGUGGGCCUGCCGCAUGGAGGACCUGGUCAGACUGGUGGGGCUCCAGAGAGAGACUCUGGCCGUGCUGGAGAAGAGGCUGGAGGCCUACGAGGCUGAACUGCAGACCUGGGGGGGACGAAGGGGAGAGGAGGCUAGAGGAGCAGGGGGGCUGAUGGAGGAGAUAGUGAGGCUGGAGAGACGACUGAGGAAGAACGAGGUGGAGAUGGAGGAAGAGGAGUUCUGGGCCAGCGAGCUGCAGAUUGAGCUGGAGAGUGAGAGGCAGCUGGAGGACAGGCUUGAGGAGCUGAGAGGGCGUCUUCAGUGUGCUCAGGUCGAGCUGGGGGACAGGAUGGCUCUGGUACAGGGUGUAGAGGCCAGUCUGGAGGAGGAGCGUCUGCAGAGGGAGAGACAGGAGACUCAAAGGGUGAGCGAGGUGGAGGCCAAGGCGCAGGUACUCAGAGCCCGCACGGAGCUCAAGGCCCAGGACAGACAGUCUGUCCAGCUGGAGAGCAGCUGCAGAGCCGUGGACAGGUCCCUCGGCCUGAGUGGCAAGAGACUGCAGGACAUGCAGCAUGAGCUGGAGCAGCUGACCAAGGAGCUGAGACAGGUCAACCUGCAGCAGUUUAUCCAGCAGACUGGCACCAAGGUCACCGUGCUGCCAGCCGAGCCCAGUGAGGAAGAGGAGGAGACUACCCACACCGGACAGGGCACAGACUUGGUUCCUCUGUCUGGUUCCCUGAAGCGUCCCGUCUCCUUUCACCCGAUGCCUGGUCACCUUCGGGUCCUGCACAGUCCUCUGACAUCUGGCCUAAACCCAGAAGGGAUCUACGUGUAAGAGAAAAGAGGGCACACUUGGGGUGGCUUUGUUCCUCUGCUAGAUGGACACCUGAAAACACCCUAAAGGCAACCUGGUUCCACUAAGACCUGAUCCCAGAUCUGUAUGUGCUUUAGCUAACUCCUCAACACCCAGUCACUCCUAGUCAAAUAAGUUGGCUAAAUACAGAUCUAGGACCAGUGCUAAAGGAUUCCCUGUGAUGUGACAUCCAAGUACAGGUUACCUCAGUAGCACUCUCCGGUCCAUUCUCUGUUCUGUUACCUACAUAUCAUGGAGAACAGGAACACUUAAAGAGAUCAUAUUGUUAUAGGCCGUUGUGUACAAGCACUCCAAGUCUCUGACAUGGGCCAACAUAUGACGAUGAUAGCUCCAAUGAUGAAGGAAAAACUAUUGGUAACAUAUCUGACUGCAGGGCGCUUGAAUGGACAGACAGAGAUAGUUGAAAUAUACAAUAUAGCAACAGACAUGAGCACCGUGUGUCAUAGCCCGAAUUGUUUUCUGUCUAUUUAAACCUUGGAACUAAAAGUGAUGCGUCAUUAUCAUCAUCAGUGUCAUCGUAGUUUACAUCCCUUGAAGGUGUAUGCAAUUACUUUAUUUUCAUUUUAAUAAAUAAAGAAGUUUUUAAACGUUAAUAUUUUAUCCAUUAUAUCAACAUACAGUAAAGAGGUUCGAUACUAUUUUUUAUGAAUGUUUGCAUUUUGGAAAAUAUCGCUCCAAACUGAAAAACUUGCUGUUGAAAUCUGUGAACUAUACACUACCAGUCCAAAGUUUGGACACACCUUUCUUUAUUUUGACUAUUUUUUACAUUGUAAAAUAAUAGUGAAGCUAUGAAAUAACACACAUGGAAUCAUGUAGUAACC